UUGCAGAAGAUCAAUGAACCAACUCGUACCUGCACUCCGAUCGUGUCGUCUUCGGUUCAUCUGAACGGAUAUGUGGGGAACAAUGGAUGGACUACCAACUUCAGUACAUGGUAGCCACAACAUUCCGAGCCGAAGCAUGCCAAGCAUAAGCGCACCGAACAAAAGCAGAUUGGGAAAUGUAAUCCCUCCACAUUCCAAGAGAGGACGAACGAAGAUUAAUCGCAACGCGUCGGCAACGAAGUCGAAGGCAAAACGGAGCAUUAAUUUCGGGGUCGAACCGAUGACGGACAUGCAGCUCAUUCGUCUUCACUACACGAACCUGAAGGUCUUAUACAAGAUGCAUGACAUCAGGUACAAGGACAAGCCGCAAGCGAUCUCGGCAUUGAGGCAAGUUCCUGUAUUGAUCGCCUACAAGGGGCGGGACUUCAACCGGGAUUUUGAUCUUGAAACACAGAUCAUGCCAGAUCCAGAUAACAUCAAAGUGUCCAAUACAACUGGCGGCGACACAAGUGAGGAUGAUUACGAGAGCCUUAGUACAAGAUCAAGCGGGAGUGAUGAGUAUGACUCAUCCGACAUAUCUUCGAGCGCCGAAGAUCUGUCGGGAAGGUAGAAGACACCUCAGCAUCAGGCGACCUCACCACGACACAGAAGUGGGAGCAGAUACACAGGCUAUCAAUGAAAAUUGAGCAACUAG